AUGGCUCCAAACAGUUUGUUGCAUCCAGUGUCCUCAGUCAGCUUUGAAGAAAAAAUCCAAUUCUCUGCGAGUCAGCGUCUCUCUUUUGCAAGAAGCAAAUGGUUCACGCUCCCCGCCGAGAGUGAGAGCCACAGCGACGUGUGGAGCAUCAAGCCGCCGGAUUUCUCUCUUAAACUGUACACAUCUCUGUCAGUGCCUCAGAAGAAAGAAAGAAAGACGCAUUCAAAUCUACCUCAACCAGGUGAAACACAGAGGAGAACUGGAAUAUUUCUACCAAAUGUUUUACAUGAGAGUUACCAGAGGGAAGAGUCUCCAAAGUUCAUCACAUCAUACAGGCCUCCUGAUGCUCUGGAAUCUGAGCUGAUGUUUGUCAAGACUGGGAAGUACCUUUCUGGGCCUUACAAGAACCCCAAACCACAUAACUUCAGACCGCUCAAUGAAGACCUUCCAGACAUAGUUACUACAUAUGAGAGAGAUCCUGGUAACCUGAAUUUGAAAUUAAAACACUUGGACAUCGUCCGGACCACUAGAUCCGAGUCCGACUUAAGUUCAAAGGACACCAAGACAUCGAUGGACACGUAUAAACCUGCAGAGCCAAAGUGGGAUGCGAGGCUCAUACUCCCUCAGCUGCUCUGGCCUCCAAAAUCAGCUUCCUAUACUGUCAGUAGUGUUUUGGCGUCAUAGCUACAUAAAGAACCACUGCUAUAUUCAAUUUUGUCAGUCACAUAGGGCGCUAAAUACAUU